GUAAGUGCAUUCGAGGCUUGAAUGGACUGAACGCGCCAAACUUCAAAUAGUACCGUGUACCAGGACGAAUAGCCGGUCUACUGUAUGGUACGCAGUUUUUUUUCUAGUACGCGGAAAAAAUAAACAGUACAAAUGUAAAAAAACGUUGUGACCUAGUGACAAGUGCAGCGUGACAAAGUGCUUUUAUUUUAUUUUUCCUGUUAUAUCUUUUUAUUCAGUUGAAUUCGUUACGGUUACAGUGAUUUGGUUUGAUGUUUUGAUCUAGAAAAAAAGGUAUUUUUAGUAAGCAGUUCAGUUAAGGAACAUGUUGUUUUCGGGUGUUUGACAAUUAUUUGCGGUGUUAGACUUGUAACGGAACGUGCUAAAAGACCGAAGGUGAUGUUGAAUGGUUGUAAUAGUGCUGGUUAAGGACCCGAGAGGUCAGAAUUUGCCAAAUUUUCCAAAGAAAAAGGUCACGUACAGUUCGAGAAUUUUUAUCAAGCCUUGUUUUUGUUCUUCUCAGGUCGAGACUGGUGAUACGUUUGCCACAACCAAAGAGGAAGAAUGGAUAAGCAAAAAGAAAACUGAAGUUUUGAACACCAAGCAAAUCGAAACUAGAGUUAAGCGUCAAGUUGUUUUAGAAGAUGGCAAAGUCGUUGAAGACUCUGGACCUAUGGUCACCACAAACACCACGGAAGAUACAGAAACACAAGAACAUCAUCAAACGGAGUUACGAAAGCUUGGAGAUGAUGAGGUUGAUGGUGGUCCAUCGGCAAUCGAAGGUCCCGAAGCAGACAAGUCCAAAUGGGUGGCAGUACCGAAUUCGGACGGAGUUGUUAGAGAAGUUAAGGAACGCAGAGUUGUGUCUAGAGAGGAGACAGAAGAAGUUAAAGAGACGGAAGACGUGCAGCACCUGGGUGACAUCACCGAUGAGGAGUUCCUAGCAGCUGUUCGUACCGGUAAAAAUGACUUAAGAUCUGUUUUAAGAUCAUCGGAAGCUGGCAGAGCUGUAGUAUCUACAGGACCUAGAGUUAUUAGAGAUACGAGUAAAAGUAAAAAAGUUACCGAUACCGAAGACACGCGUGAACUGAGUUCCGUACUGCCUGACGGUAAAAUAGUUACAGAAACCCAACGUACCACUGAACACGAAGAAGUAGAUGAUGAUGAACUGCCACUGGAUGCUCCAGAGAGCGAUUUCCACAAAGAAAGCUCACAAAGAUACCUAAAAACUAGAGAACAAGAAGACGUGGACUACCUAGCGAAUGGUAAAAACGUAGGCCAUGAAAUGAGGUACAAAACGGAAACAAUGGAAGUAGACAAACGUGGUGAUGACGACACCGACCUAUUUGAGUCUCUAUCGGCUAGAGCUAGAAGGAGACUCAAUAAUAACAAACAACCUCACAGAUACAGAGGUCUAGAAAACGGUCAACCAAGUCCUCUCGAUCGAAAGGACGCACUGACCAGACGCCCACUUGAUUUUGACGCUGAAGAAGAAACCAGAAAGGUAGAAACGUCAAAAUGGUUAGAGCAUCACUUCGGGUCAGAGUCCAGAUCAUCAAACUCCACGCUAGACGACGAGGAACAUCCGCCAAAAACCAGUUUUUUUAACGUUACUAUCAAAAGUCAGCCAGUCAGAAACGAUAAUUUGCAAAGGAGUUACGUGACAACGGUGCACAGUCCACAACCGAGAGUUUAUAGUCCUGUGCCGUCGGAAAAGGAAAGAAACCAUCAUCAGUCUGGAUAUUACAAAGGUAUUUCAGAUUGGUCAGAACGACGUCAAGAGCACCAAUACAUCCAGAGGCAGUCUCCGAGUUUUUAUCAUCAGUCCCCAUCGCAUCAUUCCUCUUCGCCAUAUCACCCAGAUAGGCCUAAUAGAUCUCCAAUACCUGAUUAUGUACGUGCACACCAAUCUCCUACUCCUGAUUAUCGUCACCAACACUCUCCAGUGCCAGAUUAUAGAAAUGGGCAGAGAUCACCCAGUCCAGAUUAUGGAAGGCCCAUUAAAGUAUCACCGUCGCCAAUAAGGGAUCUGGAUGACUCUCCAACACCACCCCAGCGAAAAAGGGCAUCAGAAAAAAGAAGUAAAUACAUAGAAAGAGACGAAAGGUCGAGAUAUGAUAGUGGUUACAGAUCAUCCGGACGUAUGGAUGAUUUAAGAGACGAUCGAUUAGAUAGAGUGGAGGAACCUCCACCUGAUUAUUCGCCUCCAAGUCCAAUUCCGGCUCCAAAAGAAGAUAAAAAGCAUUAUCAGAAAACUAGGUUUGCAUCUGAUACUCCUCAGCAGAAGACGAAAAGCGGAAAUAUUAUUGGCCAGUCCAUUCGCAAGCUCGUGAACAAGAUCCGAUCCGCAAGCAGCGAACGCAAAGCCAAGAGCCAAAGGGCCAAGAGAUCGCCCAGCCCUUCGUACCAGGCUGGUCACGUGAUCGACAACAAUAUCAGCCACUCGAUGGACCGACAACCAGUGCAAAGAUAUUAUCUUGGUGAAGAUCCAUUCGGUGGCAGCAUAUACGGCAGGGAAAACAAAUACGAUGGAGUUAAGCCAGCAAGGACUUCCAGGAGAUCCAGAGAAGAUGAAAGGGACGGAAGAUCGCAGAGUACUCUCGGAAGAUUUAGUAAGUCGACGGGGAGGUUGGCGAGUAGUACCAGUGAGGAGAAGAGGAACUCGCAGACGUUGCCGAGGCAUUUGAACAAGUACGAGCCUCCUACCAGAUUGAACGGGAACAAUCGGUCCAAUAGUACCAUAAAUGUGUCUAUUAUAAAUACGGUGGCGUCUCCUAGAUUUGUGAACGACGGUCCAGCAAAACCCGCCCGAACCUACAAGUCGAAUUUGGCGCGCAGCAAAAGCCUUAUAGUUCAAGGCGACUCUGACUCACCAUUGAAGAAACCAAAUAUGUACACGUCCAAUUCCAACGUGCACAAGCUCAAUGAAAACCCGAGCGGACUUAAGAGUCCCGGACUCAUAUCAAGCCUAAACAGAAGCCAAAAGGAUAUCACCGAUGACGUCUACACAUCACGUUUCCAUAGAAACGGCAAUGGUGUGGACAACGGUUUCAGAAGUUCACCAGAAAACAACUACAGCAGAUCCUUUGGUGACAGAUCCGAAAAGAAGGUGUUUUUAUCCGGUCUAAAGGCACGAUCUCCUGAAUUAUUUAGAACGUUAAACGAGACAGAUGAUGAUUGGAGACCCAGUAAUAAUUACACUAGCACACCUAUUGGUAAAAGCUCACCUAGGAACUAUAAUGGAGAUAUAUACGAGCCACCUACCAGAUUAAAGGAUACCCAUAUCAUAUCCACUUCUUCCCCAACUCACUCUGUUCUUCGACGUGGAAGCACCUCUAGCACUGACUUCUCCGAAACUUACCACACCACUACAAGGAACAAUGACCCUGUAAGACCCAGUGUGACGAACACAGUCAAAACCAUCAGCAAAAAGACUAUUCCCGGUAGAGAUGGCAGAGCAAUGGAGACCAUCGAGUCCAGCGAGACCAAAAGCAUCACCAAGAGUCAUUACAGGAGUAACAGGGCUGAGCCACCUCCCAGCAUGAAGUACUAUGAGAGUGAAAGAAGAUACGAUUCUAGUUCAAAGCCUGUAGUGAUCGAAGUCAGAAGAGAUUAUCACAAAUAGACUUAUUUCGUUGUAUAUAAACAGUUAAAACAGUCAGUAGAUAGUGUAUUUUGCGAAGUAAAUACUGUUUUAAAUGUGCCAUUGAGUUCGAGGAAUAAACAGUAACAUUUUCAAGAUUUAUCUAGUCCAGUAUGUUCAACAUAUGUAUUAAAUAAAUGCUAAACACAUUUUAUGUUAUUUUGUGUUAAUAAAAUUAUGAAAAAAUAAAUAUAACAUUGAAAAUGUUACCUCUCAUCUAUACAAACGUUUAUUUAUUUUCUUUCUUCUGUUAAGUACUUGCCAGUUAUUAAUAUACUAAUAAAACCCUCUUUAAGUGUUGUCUAUAUACUGAAUAAACGCUUUCUAUAAUAGACAAUAAAACUGAUUAUGUUUUAAUCUAGGAUAAGUAGCAUUAAUUUAAGUCGAACUUUAGGCUAACUUUUUGUAGCUAUAUGUUUGAGAUAAGAAAGUUUAAUGUUAAUAGGAGAUCUGAUUUUAACAAACGUAAUGUAGUGCUCAAUUUUCUCUUUUUUUAUGUGUACAGAAAAAUAUACUAAAACAAUGAUUUUUGUAAUAAAGACUUUUUAACAGCGAA